CUUCAACCAUCUCUAAUGUGCGAAUCUCAAAAGGGAUCGGCGUUGUUUUUGCGAAUUCUGAUUUAAACAUCACCGGAAUGAGUUUACAGUUUAAAUACCCAAGAGCGGACUAUCAGUCAACCUCUGAACUGGAACAGCUCUUCGAGAAGAAGUUCUUCUACCAGAAGCCACGGGGAAAAGAAUCAUGGCAGUUGCCUGCGCAGGAACAGGCUCUUUGCAGUGAGUUUUACCAGUACGAGGCGCUUCAAGGACUCAGGGAGCAGCUAAAUGCAGUUAAAAGCAAACUUAAUGAUUAUGGAGUUCAGGAUUGGAGUGCUCAUACCAACAAAAGGGAUCCGUCUGGCGAGGUAUCCUGGCGACUCAAAAAUGAGACCAAAGCGGAGUUUGUAACUGUCGCCUGGUGCAAGUUCUUUGAGUGCUUACAUCGCUAUCCUUUGGUUAAGACUCCAGUGGUCAACACCCUGCACCUCUGCGAGGCUCCUGGAGCAUUUAUUGCUUCUCUAAAUCACUACUUACACAGUAAAUACACUAAAGAUGAGAUUAAAUGGCACUGGAGAUCGACUACCUUGAACCCCUAUUUCGAGGGCAACGCUCUAAACCAGAUGAUAAGCGAUGACAGGUUUAUUUUUCACACCCUGGACAAUUGGCUAUUUCACAAGGAUCUCACUGGCAAUAUAUUAGAUGUGGGCAAUAUAGAAAACCUGGCAGAACGAUGUGCAAAAGACUUUCAGGGACAAGUGGAUUUGGUCACUGCCGAUGGCUCCAUCGAUUGCGCGGCACAGCCAGAUUGCCAAGAAGAGAUUGUGGUUCGCCUGUUUUUCGCUGAAGUGUUAAGUGCUUUAAAAGUUCUCUCCAAUGGAGGCAACUUUCUGGUGAAAAUGUUUACGCUCUUCGAGGCCUGCAGUGUGUCACUUUUGUACAUGCUGAACUGCAUCUUUGAGAAGGUGCACAUUUUUAAACCUGCAACUUCCAAGCGAGGAAAUUCUGAAGUGUAUAUCAUCUGCCUAAAUUACCAAAAGAACACUCCUGGCUUGCCUCAUUUGCUGAUGGAGAUUCAAGCCAAGCUUGCUCAGCCAAACGACACCAUGGUGAUGCCAUUGUUUGCCAGAUCUCAGAUACCCCAGGACUUCCUAAUGCAACACGAGAUCGCCUGCCGACUGUACAUGAACCUCCAGAUAGAUGCCAUCGAGGGAUCCAUCUUUGCAUACGAGACCAAUAAUCGACUUUAUCUAAGACAUCUUCACCACUUGCGCGUGCUAGUCUCCAAUACCUUCUACAGUCGAUACAAGGUGAAACCUCUAGAGGAUAGUCUCUGCAUUGUGGACAAGGAGGCGACUAGCAAGGCUCUAGGAUUUUCAGUUCCCGUAUAUGGAGGAUCCUAUACAGAAAGGGAAAACUUGAAACACGGUGAUCUUCUGAAGCAAAUUUACUGCCUAAGGCGAGAAUUUAACCAACUAGAAAAGUGUGCCAGCGCAAAAGCAACAUAUUCAUAUGUUAAAAAUAGGGUGAAUCCGCUGAAGCUGAACGUUUCCAGAGGAGCCCCUGUCCAGAGUCUGCAGAGCAGCAUGUUUGCUGCAGAACCUAUUCUCCUUCUGCGCCUACGCAUUCUGGACACCUUUGAUCUCGAUCCUGUUUGGCAGUCUGCGCCCAAGUGUCAGGUGGAAAAGAAGACAAUCAACUACUUGCCGCCAAAGGAGAACGAAAGCUUUCACUCAGCUCAGGAGCGCUUCUUUGUGGAUCUACUGGAAACAAUUCUAAAAGAGCAGCCCCAAAGUAUUGCCUUCCACAAGUUCCUGUUCCUUACCCACUACGCCGCCUCCUUGCUCCUGUUUCUUAUGGAAACCAUUUAUGAAGAAUGCAGUUUCGAGAACAAUCAACAGCAGACCCUCACUUUGAGCAAACUCAAAGAAACUGACAACAAGGAGUUAAAGCAGGUCCUGCAACAACUAAAAGAUGAGCAGGCGGGUGCCAUUCACAGCCUGCUAGACAUCAAGGAGCUGCAGAAGAAUCAGUUUAGCAACGCUCUCAUUCAGCACAACAACAACGUGCUAUUGACCUGUUUCCGCGGCAUGUUGGGCGAGGAGUCCUUCCCCAUGCCGCUGGCUUUAGCACCGAACUCGGAGGCCUCCGCAAUGCAAGAGCCAGCUGCUGUCUUUUAACAUAACGAACAUGUAUUUCUCACUUGCAUAAAAUUACAGUGCUACUUU